GAGGGCGCAACGAAUGGCGCGAACUUUAGAAUAAUGGCUGCGACUUCAUCUCAAAACGCCAUCACCUUGAAGGGAUCGACAGAAAUUGUAUCUGAAUUCUUUUGGUAUGGAAUCAACAGUAUUCUGUACCAGCGAGGUAUCUACCCUCCAGAAGAUUUUACCAGAGUACAACAAUAUGGUCUGACUCUACUGGUGUCCUCGGAUGAUGCUCUCAAAAAUUAUCUCAACGAAGUGUUGUCACACGUUAAAAAAUGGCUGCUGAGUAUGACGGUGAAGAAACUGGUUGUUGUCAUCAAAGAUAUAGACACCAACGAGGUGAUGGAACGAUGGCAGUUUGAUGUGGAGUGUGACAAAACUGUGUUAGAAGAAAGUAAACCAAGAGAAAAAUCAGUGAAAGAUAUCAACAAAGAAAUCUGCUCUGUGAUACGACAAAUAACAGCCUCCGUGACCUUCCUGCCUCUGCUGGAGAGUGCCUGUGCAUUUGACUUGCUGGUAUACACAGACAAGGAUGUGGAGGUGCCCAGCUCCUGGGGCGAGGACGGUCCCCACUUUAUUGCCAACUCCGAGGAAGUGAGACUACGCUCGUUCUCCACCAGUAUACAUAAGCUCGACACAAUGGUGGCUUAUAAAAAGACAGAUUGAGAGCGACGGCCAAAGUACAGAACAGUUUUGUUUGGAAAAAAGGGUGUAUUUCUGGCACUUGCUCUGUCCAAAGAAAAAAGCUUUUCAGCUCGGAAAAGCAGUGGCCAGUAGAUAUUUGCUUUCGUAUUUUUCACUGAAACGGUGUGAUAUAACUGCUUUGCUGCUCAGCACGUAUUGUGAAAGUGUGAGAAAACGUAUUGUUUUCCAAUCACAUGAUGUAGAAAGAAGUGGAGACAGGUUUCCUAAACAGAGUUUACAACUGGUAUCUAUUUGCAGACGUGAAGAUUUUGUGCAUUCAUUUCCUGUAUAAUUAUUAGUGCUUGUCUGUUGCUAUGCUCUGUGAAGGUCUCGCAAUCUGGUCAUUCUGAAUGUAAAUGUAUUGAUUUUCUGUCCUCUCUGUUUGAUUUUUUUUCUCUUUGUUGCUCUUUUUAGUGAAAAUCUCACAAUCUGGUCUAACAGUAUUUAUAUAUCGGCUUUGAUAUAUUAAUAACAACACAAAUAAAUUAUAGUUUUAUUUCCAGUGUCAGGGCAUUUCUUUCUCCUGAAAAUAUGCAUUUUAGAUUAUGCAAUGAAAAAGUAGUGAGAUUUUUUUCUGAAUAUGCAUAUAUAUAAACAAUGUGUUACAUUUGAAAAAUAUACUAAAACUGAUAAAAGUGUGCUUACAUUACAAUGCAUGUUAAGUAGGUUAUCACUUGCAUAAAACUCAGGGUUUUCUAUAAAAUUGCUGAACUGUAUAGAUUAUAGACGCAUUUACAUGCUAACUGCUCUUUCCUCACUGUAAUGUGCAAUAAGAUGCAGGGCUAGAAAUUAAUUUUA